GGUGCUCUCUCAGUAAGCAAUACACGAGCCUGUGUAGGUAAGGAGAAUCCUGUUUCUGAGAACCCGGAAAGACAUAAAAAAUUCUCAAAUGGCUUUGGAGCUUCAUACUCUCCUACCUGUGCCGCGAGAAGCGUGCGGUAUUGUGGUUGAAUCCCUCUCGCAGAUAUGGAGAGCUGGCGGUGAGGAACUCGGCAUCCAUCCACCCACCCAUCUAUUCCGGAGGCGAAUUCAGUCAAACUCAGUCGCUGCCCCGGUGAUCAAACUCCAAACCCACCACGGCUUCCCAGCGGCCUUGCAAAACCAUCACCAGGUGGUGUUGCCCACGGCACAUCCGGGGAAGCCGGCUGCACACCGUCCCUCCCGGUGGUAUUUUUACCUUGAUCGCCAGAGUUAGGAACGGGAUAGCACGAUUCUCUUCUCUCCUAAGGGGGAGGUAUUGUUGGCUACAUAUGGAGAAUGAAACCAAGUUCCAAGCCGCAUGACACAAUACACGAUGCCACGAGGAACGAAGGGAAUCAUAAAAAGAGGGGGGUGAAACGCGAAGAGACCGGAG